GCAGUCUGUAAAGAGCCACCGACGGCUCGUUAGCCAGGACGUACAUGCUCUCCGUGAAUUUGUCAGUCACUGAAAAAUUAAAGUACAGACGAAUUCACAGAAUUACACGACCUGUGUUAGAAAAAUAUUUUUGAGGGAUGAGGGAAAUGAGGAAAACAUCGCACAACACAGGGCAUGGACAAAAGGCGACGUAAACGCAACACCACGACAGCGUUAGCUUAGCGGCUACCGUGAGCUAACAGCUCUCAUCUCAGCUGCAGUCUGGCAAGGCAACAAUGAGUGAUCAUGGAAGCCGGAGGUGAUGGAGAGGUUGCAGAUGGCCAAAAUACUCAGUCAUCUAACGCUAAUGUUGGUUCUUCCGAGUCCAGAGAUGAGAGGUCCAAUGUGUCUCCAGAGAACAUGGAUGUGGAUGAAGAGGGUUUGUUCAAACACUCCACCACGCUGACCAACAAGCAGCGUGGGAAUGAGGUUACAGUGCGUCCUGCAACAUUAGAUUCUCUGUCCAUACACCAGUUGGCAGCUCAAGGCGAGGUUUCACAAGUGGCUGCACACCUGAGUAAAGACAGCUCGCUGCUCAGCAGGCAGGAUGAACGGGGCUUCACGCCUCUCAUGUGGGCAGCAGCGUUUGGAGAGAAAGCAGUGGUAGAUUUUCUCCUGGAGAAGGGUGCAGACCCCAAAACAAUUGCGAGGGAGCGAGAGAGCGCCCUGACACUGGCCAGCUCUGGGGGUUAUGUGGACAUUGUUGAAUCUCUUCUCAGACAUGGAGUAGACAUUAACACCUAUGACUGGAAUGGUGGGACUCCUCUUCUUUAUGCUGUACGAGGGAACCACAUCAAAUGUGUAGAGGCUCUCUUAGCCAAUGGGGCUGACAUGACCAUUGAGUCUGACUCUGGGUACAGUCCCAUGGCCCUGGCUGUUGCCCUUGGACACAAAAAGAUUCAGAAAGUGUUGGAGGACCAUAUUCUGAAACUCUACAAGCCUCCAACAUGACAGUAGUUAAAAAAAAACCAAAACAAA